GUUUCCCCUUUCCGUUUCCGCUGAUGGCUCGCUGCUAGCUGCUGCUACUCUGUGCCGCCGUGUGUUUAUGCUUGUUGGAACUAAUUCUUCAUUCCGAUGGCAAACCGAACCGUUAAAGAUGCAAACAGUAUACACGGGACCAACCCUCAGUACCUGGUGGAGAAAAUCACCCGGACUCGAAUCUACGAGUCUAAAUACUGGAAGGAGGAGUGUUUCGGUCUGACCGCUGAGCUGGUUGUCGACAAAGCCAUGGAGUUGAAGUAUGUUGGUGGAGUUUAUGGUGGAAACAUAAAGCCCACUCCCUUCCUCUGCCUCACCCUGAAGAUGCUGCAGAUUCAACCUGAAAAAGACAUCAUUGUUGAGUUUAUAAAAAACGAGGACUUCAAAUAUGUUCGUUUACUUGGCGCGAUGUACAUGAGACUAACUGGCACAGCAGUGGAUUGCUACAAAUACCUGGAGCCGCUGUACAACGACUACAGAAAAAUCAAGAGUCAGAACAGAAAUGGAGAGUUUGAGUUGAUGCAUGUGGACGAGUUCAUCGACGAGCUCCUUCAUGCAGAGAGGAUGUGCGACAUCAUUCUGCCCCGCCUCCAGAAGAGACAUGUCCUUGAGGAGGCUGAGAUGUUAGACCCACGAAUCAGCGCUCUGGAGGAAGACCUGGAUGAGGUGGAGACUAGUGAAGAUGAAGAAGACGAGGAAGAAGAAAAGCCGGAGAGACUCCAGACCCCCGAACCCCACAGGCGCAGUUAUCGAGACAACGACAGACCUCGCCGAUCUCCCUCACCUCGUUACAGACGCAGCCGCUCACCCAGGCGGAGGAGCAGAUCUCCGAAGAGGCGAAGCCCAUCGCCCCGGAGAGAACGCCAUCGCAGCAAGAGCCCUCGCCGCCAUCGCAGCCGGUCCAGAGAAAGACGCCACCGCUCCAAAUCUCCAGGUCACCACAGAAGCCACAGACAUCGCAGCCACUCAAAGUCCCCAGAGAGGAGUUCAAAAAAAAGUCACAAGAAGAGUCGAAGAGGAAAUGAGUGAUUUUACUUUUCCUUUGUUUUGUUUUUUGUUUUUUUUACCUCCAAACUGUCAGAGGUCUUUCCUCUAAAUCUUCAUUGAAAUUUGAGGGUUUUUUUUAUUUUAUUAAGUAAUAUCCAUUUUACACGUUGGACUGCUGACCUGCCUGUAAGAUAUUCCGGAUGAAAAGCCCUCAGGGUUUCAUUAUUGAUAAUCUGUGUAAAUGUAGAAAAUGUGUUUCUGUAUGUUAAGAACGAGUUUCACGCUCUGACCUGACGUUUUUCAUAGAAAUAAAGACCCCGAUUCAUCAACCGUG